ACAGUUGACACUUUUCGUAUGUUAACAGAUCGUAAUAAACAUUAGAUUAAAAAAAUUGUUCCUUUGAAUAUGACGAGAGUGUGAUACGGACGUUCUCGAAAGUUGUUUGAUAUUAUUUAUUCGUGUAAUUUUUGUAUAUAGAAAUGAUGUAAAUAUGCCCUAAAAUGUUUGAUGCGAAAGAAAUUGAUACACGUCAUAGACGAUGAACCCUUUAGAAAGGGAUUAAUUUAAUUGUUUUAUACCUUAUAUAACGAUGCAAUCUAAUUCCAAAACUAAAGAAAUGUUUAUUAUACGUGCAUUAGAAAAAAUUCUCAAUGAUAGAGAGAUCAAAAAGUCUCAUCAUUCACAGCUGAAACGGGCUUGUGAAGUAGCUCUUGAAGAAAUUAAAAAGGAACUGGAAAAUGAUACUUCUAAUGAAACUCGCACCUCUGAUGCUUUACCUAUACCUAAAAGUGGAGAAGCAAAUAUACUGACUACAGAAAAGUAUUUUCUUCCAUUUGAACUGGCAUGUCAAAGUAAAUCUGCUAGAAUUGUUGUAACGGCAUUGGAUUGUCUGCAAAAAUUGAUUGCUUAUGGACACUUAACUGCCAAUGUCCCUGAUUCUACUACUCCUGGAAAAUUAUUAAUCGAUAGAAUUGUGGAGACAAUUUGUGCCUGCUUCACCGGACCUCAAACAGAUGAAGGUGUCCAACUUCAAAUUAUCAAAGCUCUAUUGACGGUGGUCACCAGUCAACAUGUUGAGGUACAUGAAGGAACUAUACUAUUGGCUGUGCGAACUUGCUAUAACAUUUUCCUGGCCAGCAAAAAUCUAGUCAAUCAGACUACAGCCAGAGCCACCUUGACCCAAAUGUUGAAUGUUAUAUUCACAAGAAUGGAAAAUCAAGCUUUAGAAGCGGAAGUACAAUCCCAACUGAUUCUACAGCAAGACAAUAACACAACAGGAAAAAAUUGUGAUAUUAAAAAGAAUAAUUCGAAUGAUAAACUCUGUAAUAGUUUAGAAAACGGUAAUGUAGAAUGUCCGAAGAUUGAAACUGAUCAUAGUGAUAGUGCUGAAAGUCCAGAGGAAAUCGUUACUGGAAUUUUAGAUGAUAUCAUCAGUAAUGUUAUUAAUCAGUCAAGUGAUAUUUUGACAUCAGAGAAAACUAAUAAAGUUGUCGAACUGAUUAUUGAAGAUGUUACAGAGAAGGUAGAAGAAAAACCAAAUGGGUAUACAUCUAGCGUUGAAUCUUCAGCUGAACAACUUGAUACAGCUAGUUUACACUCAGUAAUUACCAGAAUACCAUCACAAGAAAGUGUCGAUACUCAUAGUGAAAAUGACUCCAUGAGUACAGCAAAGUUUACACACAUAUUACAAAAAGAUGCCUUUUUAGUUUUCCGAGCUCUGUGUAAACUAUCUAUGAAACCUCUCCCCGAAGGUACACCCGAUCCAAAGUCUCACGAGUUGCGAUCCAAAAUAUUAUCACUACAACUUUUACUGUCGAUAUUACAGAACGCUGGUCCUGUAUUUCGAUCAAACGAGAUGUUUAUAACAGCCAUCAAACAGUAUUUGUGUGUCGCUCUAUCCAAAAACGGGGUCAGUUCGAUACCAAAAGUGUUUGAAUUAUCUCUGACGAUAUUCCUGGCGCUACUGUCCAACUUCAAGCUCCAUCUAAAGAUGCAAAUCGAAGUUUUCUUCAAGGAAAUUUUUCUGAAUAUCCUGGAGACCACAAAUUCAUCUUUCGAGCAUAAAUGGAUGGUAAUUCAGGCCCUGACAAGAAUCUGUAGUGAUGCACAAAGUGUCGUAGACAUUUACGUCAAUUAUGAUUGUGAUUUGUCCGCAGCAAAUUUAUUUGAACGUCUUAUCAACGAUUUGUUUAAAGUUGCACAAGGGAGGCACACCAUUGAGCUUGGGGCUUCUCCCAACCAAGAAAAGGCAAUGAAAAUAAGAGGCUUGGAAUGUCUUGUGUCUAUUUUAAAGUGUAUGGUUGAGUGGAGCAAGGACCUUUAUGUCAAUCCUAACCUUCAAUCCACUGUUGGGGAGCAGCCCCAAAAAGAGAAUGAUAAUUCCUCUUUGAAAUCGAGAAGCGGUUCUGUCAACAGUUUACAUUCUCUUGACAGUUCUGGAGGAAAUAAGGAAGUAUUAGAUUCUCCCGAACAACUGGAGGUUGUAAAGCAACAGAAAGAGGUUUGGGAAACAGGAAUCGAUAUUUUCAAUAAAAAACCAAGAAAAGGCUUGCAGUUUCUUCAGGAGCAAGGUUUACUUGGAACAGAGAAUGAAGAAGUUGCAAAGUUUCUUCUGAAUGAUGAUCGUUUGGAUAAAACUCUGAUAGGUGACUUCUUAGGGGAAAAUGAUGAUUUUUCCAAAGGGGUGAUGUACGCUUAUGUUGACCAAUUAGAAUUCAGCAAUAUGGAUUUUGUUGCUGCUCUAAGACACUUUUUGGAUGGUUUUAGAUUACCAGGAGAAGCACAGAAAAUUGACAGGUUGAUGGAGAAAUUUGCAAGUCGAUAUUGCAGUUGCAAUCCCAAUAAUACAUACUUCUCCAGUGCCGAUACAGCUUAUGUCCUCGGUUUCUCCAUAAUAAUGCUCACAACGGAUCUUCAUUCACCCCAAGUAAAAAACAAAAUGACCAAAGAGCAAUAUAUCAAGUUGAACAGGGGAAGUACGGAGAAUAAAGAUGUUCCGGAAGAAUAUUUGUCCCAGAUAUACGACGAAAUAGCUGGACACGAAAUAAAAAUGAAAGCAACAAUUAAUAAGCCCGGAAAGCAACAAAUUAACAGUGAGAAAAGAAGGAAGAUUCUGUUCAACAUGGAAAUGGAGGCAAUUUCGACUGCUGCAAAGAAUUUGAUGGAAUCUGUAUCUCACGUUCAAACUCCUUUUACCUUAGCAAAACAUUUGGAACAUGUGAGGCCUAUGUUUAAGAUGGCGUGGACGUCGUUUUUGGCUGCGUUCAGUGUUGGUUUACAAGACUGUGAUGAUCCAGAGGUAGCGAGUCUAUGUUUAGAUGGCAUCCGUUGUGCUAUCCGUAUCGCAUGUAUCUUCCACAUGUCCCUGGAGAGAGACGCUUAUGUCCAAGCUUUAGCCAGAUUCACCUUAUUGACGGCAAACUCCCCUAUUAUGGACAUGAAAGCGAAGAACAUCGAUACAAUCAAAACACUCAUAAUGGUGGCUCAUACAGACGGAAACUACCUAGGGAACAGCUGGUUGGACAUUCUCAAAUGCAUAUCGCAGUUGGAGCUAGCUCAAUUGAUCGGAACUGGAGUACGUCCUGAAUUUCUAUCCGGUCCUGCCCAUAAGCCUCCAGAUCCAAGUUCUAAAGAACAUAUCGGACAGACAAGUUCUCAGAGUGUAGUGGUGGCAGUUGACAGAAUUUUUACAGGUUCUAUAAGAUUGGACGGAGACGCUAUAGUCGACUUUGUUAAAGCUUUAUGCCAGGUUUCUCUGGAUGAAUUAGCUUAUCCGGGCCACCCUAGAAUGUUUUCCCUACAGAAGAUAGUCGAAAUUUCCUAUUACAAUAUGGGUAGAAUUCGUCUGCAAUGGUCUAGGAUCUGGCAAGUGUUAGGUGAACAUUUCAACGCAGUUGGGUGUAACCCGAGCGAAGAGAUAUGCUUCUUUGCAGUCGACAGUUUGAGGCAAUUAUCAAUGAAGUUUAUCGAAAAAGGGGAAUUCGCUAAUUUUCGUUUUCAGAAAGAUUUUCUACGUCCUUUCGAACAUAUCAUGAAAAGAAACGUUUUCACAACUAUCAGAGAUAUGGUUGUGAGAUGUGUUGCUCAAAUGGUGAAUUCUCAAGCCAAUAACAUCCGAUCAGGGUGGAAGAACAUAUUUUCAGUUUUUCACUUAGCGGCUAGUGACCAAGAAGAAGCUAUCGUAGAAUUAGCAUUUCAAACAACGGGGAAAAUAAUCACCGAACUGUAUGUUAAGCAGUUCUCCACCAUGAUUGAUUCUUUUCAAGAUGCUGUUAAAUGCUUGUCAGAAUUUGCAUGCAAUGCGAGAUUUCCUGAUACAAGUAUGGAAGCUAUAAGACUUCUGAGACAAAGUGCUUGUCACGUUUAUGAGUCACCUCAUUUGUUUGCCGAGUUUGGAGGUAUGGAAAAUGACGUUACUGUCACUGAAGAAGACAGAGUUUGGGUGAGAGGCUGGUUCCCACUACUAUUUUCUUUAUCUUGCGUGGUUAACAGAUGUAAAUUAGAUGUUCGAACGAGAGCUUUGACUGUUUUAUUCGAGAUAAUAAAAACUUACGGUGAAUCAUUCAAUCCUCAUUGGUGGAGGGACCUAUUCAAAAUCUUGUUUAGGAUAUUUGACAAUAUGAAGUUGCCGGAACAACAUACGGAGAAAGCUGAAUGGAUGACUACUACUUGUAACCAUGCCUUGUAUGCUAUCGUAGAUGUCUUCACUCAGUAUUUCGACACAUUGGGACCACUGUUACUCGAAGAACUUUAUACACAGUUGCAUUGGUGUGUUCAACAGGAGAAUGAACAACUUGCCAAGUCAGGUACCAACUGCCUGGAGAAUCUAGUCAACUCGAAUGGUCACAAGUUCAAUAGCGACACUUGGGACAAAACGUGCCAGUGCAUGCUCGACAUAUUCAAUUCCACCUUACCCUCUGCCUUGCUGACCUGGAAACCAGACUCUAUAAAAACUACAGCGAUCAUAGAACAAAACGGCGAUGUGGGCGUGAACAAGGGUAUACUCAAACGACCCAGUUUGGUGGAUGUGCGCAACGCAGACGGUCUGCUGCUCAACGGCCUCAUGAUCAAGAGUGUGGUCCAACUGGAACUGAUACAAACCAUAGACAACAUCGUUUUUUACCCCGCCACCUCGAGGAAAGAAGACGCAGAAACUCUGGCUCUGGUAGCUGCAGAUAUGACAGGUAACACGUCGUUGACCGAGUGUCAGCGCGAAGAGCAGGGGAUGUACAGGUUGUUGAGCUCGUCGCACCUCCUCCUCUUGACCGACUGCCUUUUGCAAUCCCAUCGGUUUGCUAAAACCUUCAACUUGAACCACGAACAGAGGAACUUGCUCUGGAAGGCAGGUUAUAGAGGUUCGGUGAAACCAAACCUGUUGAAGCAGGAAUCGCAGAGUUUGGCCUGUCUGCUCAGGAUACUGUUUAAGAUGUACUGCGAUGAGAGCAGACAGGACGAUUGGCUGGUGAUUGAGGGGAAAUUGAUAAGUGUUUGCCAAGAAGCGUUGGAGUAUUUUUUGAAACUGCAGAGUGAGACUCAUAGAGAGGAAUGGACAUCCCUGCUUCUGCUGGUGUUGACUCGUCUGUUGAAAAUGCCUGAUAACAGAUUUGCAGUUCACGUAUCGAAGUAUUAUCCACUUCUUUGCGAAAUCGUUUGUUUUGACCUGAAAGCAGAGCUACGAUCUAUUUUGAGAAGAGUGUUCUUGAGGAUAGGACCCGUAUUUCACAUUACCACCACAUAGUACAAAGUUUUCUUCCCUUCAGUUAGAACGAUGAAAAUUUGAUCACUUUAGAAAAUGUGGAAAAAUCAAUGUGCUUAUAACGAUUUACCGAGAUUGAUUUCAUUUGCAUGUUGAUUUUUUCAAAGUGUACAUAAAACCGUAGCUUUGUUUAAUAUUAUAGCAAGUAAUUUUGUUUUAAUGUUAUCUCGAAACUAUUGCUUCAGAAUGAAUAACUAGUGUUGUUAUUAUAUUUUGUCUUUGAUUUUAUGUGAUUUUUCAGUGAUUAGGUUUUAGGAACAAGUGAACUGGGGAAUAAAUAUUUUCAUUGAUUCAAUACAUAUUAUUUUGAGGUUAGUCAGAGUCUAGAGUACAGUAUGAACCUCUGAUUAUAAGAUUCGUAGAUAGAUGGAAAAGAAAAAAUUGUAAAUUUUUUCGUGUUUUGUGUGAAGAGAACAGUUAGACUUGCACCUCUAAAUUUUUCUCAAAAGAUUAAUUUUUUUUCUUUGAAUUGCAAAUCUGUGUUUAUCAAUAAUCUGACUUCCAAAACGUCAUAACUGUUUCGUUUAAGAUUUUUAAUACAAUUUAUUUAUAUGAGAAAUUGUUUGAAAUGCCUUAAUUAUGUUUUUUGAUUCAUGUCGGAAAUAUUUAUUUAUUUAUCAAUCUUGUAAAUAUAAUUAAGAACUGUUCUUAGUUUAUCAUUUAAGUUCUUACUCCUAAAAAAACAGCAGUAAAUAACGUGUUAAGUGUAAAAAUGGGCCAGCUAUUAUGCGAUCUGACUUUUAUCAAUGCUGGAAAUUUCAUGUGUGCAAUUUGAAGUUUGUAAUGGUAAUUGCAUUUUGAAAAUGUUAAAUAACCUAGGAAUGUUAUGUAUACCUCCCCUAAGGUUUCGAUAUGCAGACAUUUCUACUUGCAAUAUUUUACACAACAAAUUUUCAGCUUUUUACUAUGUAUAGCUGGCUGACAUCCCAUCUACUUCCGUUAAUAGAUCUAAGGUGGAUUUCACGAAACUUUCAUUUUGUACUAAGACAUGUAGAAUAGAUUUUGACAAUAUCCAUUGUUAAAAGUUAAUUCAAAUAUUCUAAUCCCACAGUAGAAUCAGAGUAUUGUGGAACUCAUCAAAAUGAAAUAAAUUAAUGAAAUACGUUGAAAUUUCAAUAAAUUGAAAUUUUCGAAAUUCCAACAAAUUAAAUUUUAUGAAGUUUCAACAAAUUGCAUUUUUUGAAAUUUCAACAAAUUGCAUUUUUUGAAAUUUUAACAAAUUGCAUUUUUGAAAUUUCAACAAAUUGCAUUUUUUUUUUUUGAAAUUUCAACAAAUGAAUUCUGGGAAUUUCAAAAAAUGAAUAUUUGAAAUUCCAACAAAUGAUGUUUUUUGAAAUUUUGGGUGAAAGUGCUUUGUACUGAAAAGCGAGUCAUUACUAUUAAAAUAGUGUAGUUUUUUCAUAAAUCUGAAGAGAAUCCCUAUUUGCCUAAUCUACAGGUAUAGCAAUUGCGAUUGUAUACAUAUUCUUCAAUAUAAACGUAUUUCGACUUUAGUUUUGACGAAACUGAGUUUAUUACACAGUUUCUUUGUACGUAGAAAGAUGAUUUGAUUACUAGUAAAAUGGUGUCCCUCUGUUGAUUCCUAUUCUUCUUCGAAGUUGAAUUUGUUACAUUGUUGCUUCUUUAGAUCUUUUUUGAUACUCAUCUGACAUGUGUAGUAGAGUAAUAAAAAUGAAGAGUAGUUUUUUAGAAAUCCACUGACACCUAGUUGAAUGAACUCAAUGAAAAUGAAUUAUAUUCACUCAAAUCAAUAGAUAUUUAUUAUUUUACUAGUAUUCCUAUCUUUCACGUAAUAAACUUUCAAAAGUUACACUUAAAUAGUGUCUAAUACAGGUUAAACUAUAGUUCUCUAGUUUCUUAUUGUUUAAUUAUAGAGAUUCAAUAAUUCUUUCACUUGUUAAAAACAAUUAUCCCUUAUCACAACUAUCAGCAGUUUAGGAUAUUCCUUUACUGAUAAUUUAUCGAAGACAAGCAAGGUCUGUAUGUACAUAAAGUGUAUUCGUGAUCAUUCCAAACAUAAGUGAUACAAGAACUCGUAUAACAAACAGAAAUGUUUUUUUUUAAUGAUGAAUGGAUUUGUAAUGUGCCUUAAUUUAUUAUGUAUCUACAUUGCAGUUAUAAUCUAUGUGAAAUUUUAUUUCAGGUAUUGUACUAAUCAGUCACUUGUUAAUUUAAAAGUGCAAUAUAUGCUUUUGAGGUUUUGUGAAUGUGAUUUUGUUUGGUUAGUUUUAAGGGAUUAUUUUUUGAAGGAUGAAUAUUUGGACGUCCGAUGUGUAUGGUUCCUCUAUCGCAGAAUAAUUCUUUAAAAUUAUAUUUCAAUAAUAUUUUGUUUUUUGUUAUGAAUCUUAAUGCAUUACAUUGGUCAUUAAAUAUUUUAAUAUUACAGAUA